GUGCAGGACACGGGAGUGACGACCGGCCUCGCCUGACUCGUGCACCCAGCGUGCCAACCAGUUCCCUCAUCGGGGUGUACUCUCCUCUCGAACUGUCUCCUGCGUGCGUGCUUGGGUGUGUGCAUAGUACUGACAGCAGUUGUAGCGGCCUGCACGAUUCUUUUCCAACCAAAAUUUUUACGCUGGAUUUCUGAGAGAUAAAACCAUGGACCGCUUCGCGAGCAUGCAUGACGAAGACAUCGACAAGCUAGGAAUCCCGAACCAAGGAGGUGCGCGAGGCGGCGGGGGAGAGGGUGGCUGGAAAGGACGGAAACGCGCGAGAGAGCUGUCCCAGCUGAAGGACAGGCUGGACAGGGCCUCCGAGAAGGAGCAGCAGUCUUGGGACCUCCUGAAGCAGGCCGUGGUUAAGGGGGGAGGCGCGGCAGCCGACGAGGGGCGCUUCAAGGCCACCGGCACCAACCGGGCAGCAGAGGAGAUGCGGGAACGGACGGUCGGACUGGUAACGGCGGAGGAGUUCCGCAAGGCUAGGGAGGCCGCCGACUCCUUGGAGGAGGCGGAGGCGAAGCGAAGACAAGAGGAGGAGGCGGCAGCGGAGGAGGCGAGGGAGACGGCGCGAAGAACGGCCGAGCGAAAGAAGAGAAAAUCCGAAGCCAAGAAGAAACGCCUCCAGAAGAGCAAGAUGAGCUUUGCCUUGGAGGAGGACGAGGAGGAGGAGGAGGAGGAGGCAAUAUCUUCGGGCAAUCGCGUAGGGCCACAGCGAACAGAUCCCACCUCCCUGGCUGCCGGGAAACCUGCCGGGUCGCUCGGGUGCACAGCGGUGGAGAAGGAGGGUGGGGACGACAGGCCAUCAAUACUCCCGAGUGGGCAUGGCAUCACGAAAAACAGGGAUGGCUGUGGGGGGGGCAUGUCGGAAAGUCGGAGCUUAAAGGGGGCCGCACCGGAUGAGGAAAAUUCUAGCGCAGCCGCCAAGCUCCGGGAACGCCUGGGCAGUGAUCAACCGUAGGUUUUUUUUUGGUUCCAAUCAGUGCGUGUGCUCUUGUCAAAGCGUUUGUGUUUGUUGACGAUGUCGUGGUUGAAUGACAAGUAGCGUUGUUUUGGUUGGCCGUUCGAGCAGUUCCUUAUCCUCUCAAGACAGCCAAUCAGAACGCACAGGUUCACGGGAGAGGGGGGUUCUACCGAAACGUAACCUGAUGAAGUCGGUCACCUCGGUAAACGUGGGUCCGCAAACUGCACUGCGCACCAGGAGCCCACUCCAGGACGCUCGCCAAGUGUUCAGAUGGGGACGCAUGCUAUAGUGGCAUACCCGUGUGGUAGUUUUCUGGGAGUUCAAAGUGUGAUCAGACAGGUGUGAUAUGGUGUAGGGCGCGUGGCAUCGUAUGUCGCCGUGUGACAAAGUGCACUCACAGAACCUCACGCAAAGGGGGGGGGUGAUAUCAAUGGGAUGUGAUCAUGUAGCCAGUGAGUGAGAUGAAGCACGCUCAGGAGGACCGGACCGACAGGGGGAGUUAUGAUGA